AUGAUAAGCCUCUUCCAAGUAUCACACCGAACACAAAGAUGUUUUCAUAGCUUUCCUACCAUAUGUCAUUACCAACGCGCAAGCGAAAAGCUGUUUGCAGAUGCAGAACGGGAGGAAGCAGAAGAAGCUCAAAGUCCUAAACCAAGCAUAUCCAACAUUCCUCAACUACAGAGCCCGGAUGCAAACUGGACAGGCGAAGAAUCCAUGCAGGAUGCUGUGCUGCGCAUGCUCGUCGACAAGUACAAGCCUAUGCGCUCGGGGCCUAUCAGGUCAGCUGACAUGAAGCUGAGGGAGGCGCCGCCGAAGGUGCACACAGAUGCACAUGUCGUCGAACGAUCUGCCCAAGGGUGGCAAGAGCUUGCAAAGAAACCUUUGCUACCUUCUAUAGAAGGUCACAAGCCUUGGCUUACUACUUACAAGGCCCCUUCUCAUGCGUCUGCAUCCAUUAAGCUCGGCAACUUCACACCUGCAUCCGCACGGACGCCUGGCGUCCAUGCUGUGACGGACGAACGCACUAGGAAGACGGAGAGGGAGCUAGCCAGACGAAAAGAGCAAGCAGGACGACUGUCGAGAGCUAGAGAGUCAACAUUGGAUUAUCGCUUGGGCCUGAAGAACAGCGAGGGGCAACGCACUGCUCGUCGGAACCCUGUGAGUAUGAGGGGGUGGCAGGCCUUGAUAGAGGACAAGAUACAGAAAGCUCGAGCUGCCGGACAUUUCGACAAAAUCAAAGGGCGAGGUCAGCCUAUGGUUAGAUUGAGCGACGAGCACAAUCCUUUCAUUGCAAGAGAAGAGUUCCUCAUGAACCGGAUUGUUCAAAGGAAUGGGGCAGCUCCACCAUGGGUUGAAGUCCAAAUCGAGCUCGAGACUGCAGUGAACUCGUUUCGCAAUGUCCUGCGGCAGUCGUGGACAAGGCGUGCAAUUCGGACUUUAACAAUGUUACAACCAGCGACUAUGUUGCCUUCAUUAUCGCUGGGCAGUGUGACAUCAUUGCGCGACCGCGAGUGGGAAGAACGAGAAUGCUCUUACCACGAUACAGCCAUCGCCGAAUUGAAUUCUUUGGUGCGUAAAUACAAUGCCCUUGCGCCAUAUUCUGUGCGCCGCCCGUAUUAUUCUCGAGAGGCCGAAUUAGCCAAGGCGUAUCAGGACUGCGGGGAUGACAUUCUGCGUGAGAUAUCAGAGAGAAGAGAGAUACAUGGCAGGUCUGGUGCCUCACCACCAUUUGAAGUCGAGUCUUCUGUGGACGUCGAUGCUUCGAGUUCAACGACUUAUCCUUUGAGGUUUCGAGAUAUCAUCCGUCGGUGGUUUAUGAAGCUGCGAGAGAGAUUCUUCAAUGUAUCCUGA